CAAGGUAAAUCAGAAAAACACUGCAGUAACAAAGCAGAGGCAUUAGUUGCUGGUUUAUUCUUGAUACUGAAGACUUGACAAGAUGGCUCGUUGUAAUCUGUGUGUGGUUGCAGUCCUGUUUCUGGCCCUGAAUGUAUUUUGUGAACAAGCAGCAGCUGCUGGUUGCUGUUAUUCCUAUUCCAUAAAGCCACUGCACUGCAGUCGGAUAAGAGGCUACACAAUACAGACCACCAAAGAUGCCUGCAACAUUGACGCAAUUGUGUUCCAUUCUAUCGGCAACCGUAACAUUUGCGCUAACCCUCUGGAUAAGUGGGUGAUGGACAGAAUUGAGUGUCUAAACCGCAGAGUGGACAACAUAAAUGGCAGAACAAGAAAAUGAGAGAAAAGAUGUUACUGAAAAGUAGUUGCCUCUUUAUUUCAUAAAAUGUGCAUGCAUUACACUUUCACAGUUUUAUUGUGAUAUAAUGUCUGUGGUAAAUUGAAAUGUUUCAAGAUUGAGAAACUUCCAAUAUUCUUUUAUAAGGAAAAAAACCAUGAAGUUUUAAAGCUUACUGUAUCACAAUGCAUUUUUGUAUAUGUGGUACUUAUUGGUAAAUGGGUUUCUGUUGUCCAGUACUUAACUCCUAUGGAAUAAUGUUAUAUUUAAAAACUAGUUUUAUUGUAGAUUUUUAUGAAUAAAAAAUAAAACUGUAAAUCAUAGGCCUGUUGUUCAAUAUUGUCUUUGGUUUGAACCAUAUUUCCAAGCUGUAUUGGAUGAAUGUCUUGUAAUGUGUGUCAAAUUCACAUAACUUAUAAAUAAAGAUAUCU